AUGGGUUGCAGUAGCAAUGAGUGUACGUAUGUAGGCGGCUUCAGAGCUACAAAACUGAGUGUGCAGGUUCUCCGCGGUAGGCCUGGUCAUGCAGCCACCUGUGGUGGUAUAUCAGCGAACCUGGCUAUGCAGGUAGCCAGUCCAUUUGCAGUGGGCCUGACCAUGCAGGUAGCCAGUCCAUUUGCAGUGGGCCUGACCAUGCAGGUAGCCAGUCCAUUUGCAGUGGACCCGACUAUGCAGGUAGGCUGUCCAUUUGCAGUGGGCCUGACCAUGCAGGUAGCCAGUCCAUUUGCAGUGGGCCUGACCAUGCAGGUAGCCAGUCCAUUUGCAGUGGGCCUGACCAUGCAGACACGAGACUCCGCAGCACGGACGCCCAACCUGCGUGCAGAUGUGUCCAGUCGUCCCCUCCCUCCCUCCACUGCCUCCUCCAGCCUCCUGCCCCCUGCCCCCUCUCCACCCUCUGCUCCCCUCCACCCUGCUCCUCCAGCCAUCAGGGAGUGCCAGGUGCCCCUGCUGGACAGCAGCUCCUCCCAUACCAUGCUGGAGCCUCACCCAGAGGACCAAAUCUCCCCCAACUCAUACCUGCUCCGGGCCCAGCCCACGACCGGAGCUUCUAACCAUCAGGGUCAGUCCACUCUACGGCCCCCUCUGCCCCCCCCUCACAACCACCAGACGCUAUCUCAUCACCAGUCGUCUGCCAACUCCCUCAACCGCAACACGCUGAGCGGCCGCCGGAACCCCAUCCAUGCCCCCCCCUCCGCCCCAGGAGAAGGCCCCACCACCCCGGAGUCAGUGCAGCUACAGGACAGCUGGGUGCUUAACAGCAAUGUGCCCUUAGAGACCAGGCACUUCCUGUUUAAGACGUCAUCAGGGACCACGCCCUUGUUCAGCAGCUCGUCCCCGGGUUACCCUUUGACCUCCGGCACGGUCUACUCUCCCCCUCCACGGCUGUUACCCAGAAACACCUUCUCUCGAAGCGCCUUCAAGCUGAAGAAGCCAUCCAAGUACUGCAGCUGGAAGUGUGCAGCCCUGUGUGCUAUCACCGCGGCGGCCCUGCUGGCCAUCCUGCUCUCCUACUUCAUCGCAAUGAACCUGUUGGGGUUGAAUUGGCAGCUGCAGCCAGUGGAGGGUCCCAUGCUGAACAACGGCUUAAGCACCGGGCUGCCUAGCAACAGUGACGUUGCAACAGUGCCCUCUGGAGGUAGAGGACCGUGGGUGCCGCGGAACACCAGCAUUGACACGGGAAGUCUGGAGGUUGGGAGGAGAGUGACACAGGAGGUUCCUCCAGGAGUUUUUUGGAGGUCACUGCUUCACCUAAGCCAACCUCAGUUUCUCAAGUUCAACAUUUCCCUGGGAAAAGAUGCGUUGUUUGGGGUCUAUAUACGCAAGGGCCUGCCCCCAUCUCAUGCACAGUAUGACUAUAUGGAACGGCUGGAUGGUAAGGAGAAGUGGAGUGUACUGGAGUCUCCACGGGAAAAGCGUAGCAUACAGACGGUUGUUCUGAACGAAGCAGUGUUUGUGCAGUAUCUGGACCCGGGCACCUGGCACCUGGCCUUCUACAACGAUGGCAAAGACAAAGAGUCUGUGUCCUUCAGCACGGCCAUUCUGGAUUCCGUGCAAGAGUGCCCCCGGAAUUGCCAUGGCAACGGCGAGUGCGUGUCAGGCGUGUGCCACUGCUUCCCGGGGUUUCAUGGCAUGGACUGUUCCAAAGCGGCGUGUCCGGUUUUGUGCAGUGGUAAUGGGCAGUAUGACAAAGGGUCGUGUAUCUGCUACAGCGGGUGGAAGGGGCCAGAGUGUGAUGUUCCCAUCAGCCAGUGCAUCGACCCCCAGUGCGGCGGACACGGUACCUGCACAGAGGGCACAUGCGUCUGCUCACUUGGAUAUAAAGGAGAGAACUGCGCGGAGGUGGACUGCCUGGACCCGACCUGCUCUAAUAACGGGAUCUGUGUGAAUGGGGAGUGCCACUGUAAGCCAGGCUGGGGGGGGUCCCACUGUGAGCUGCCAAGAGCUCAGUGCCCAGACCAGUGUCACGGUCACGGAGCGUUCAUCCCAGACACUGGCCUCUGCAGCUGUGACCCCAACUGGAUGGGCCCUGACUGUUCUGUGGAGGUGUGUUCGGUGGAUUGCGGGACCCAUGGCGUGUGCAUGGGUGGCUCAUGUCGCUGUGAGGAAGGCUGGACCGGCGACGCGUGCGAUCAGCGUGUGUGUAACCCGCUGUGUGUCAAACACGGAACCUGCAAGGACGGAAAGUGCGAGUGCCAGCAGGGCUGGAACGGCGAGCACUGCACCAUCGAUGGAUGUCCCAACCUGUGUAACGGAAAUGGCCAGUGUACCAUGGGUCAGAACAGCUGGCAUUGUGAAUGCAAGACGGGCUGGAGGGGAACUGGCUGCAGUGUCGCCAUGGAGACGUCAUGCGCAGACAACAAGGACAACGAAGGAGACGGCCUGACAGACUGUAUGGAUCCAGACUGUUGUAUCCAGAGCCCGUGUCAGAACAGCCCGUUGUGCCGAGGUUCACGCGACCCGCUCCAGGUCAUCCAGCAGAGCCAGCUGCCCGGGCAGAAGGUCCGUUCCUUCUACGAACGCGUCAAGAUGUUGGUGGGCAGAGACAGCACUCAUAUUAUCCCUGGAGAUAACCCCUUCAAUGCCAGUCUGGCCUCGCUGAUCCGCGGACAGGUGCUGACCACAGACGGGACUCCCCUGGUGGGGGUGAACGUGUCCUUCGUCAAAUACCCUCACUACGGCUAUACCCUCACUCGCCAGGACGGAACCUUUGACCUUAUUGCUAACGGAGGGGCGUCUCUCACUCUGCACUUUGAGCGCGCUCCGUUUCUGAGUCAGGAACGCACUGUGUGGUUGCCAUGGAACAGUUUCUAUGCCAUGGACACACUGGUCUUAAAAACAGAGGAGAACACCAUCCCGGGCUGCGACCUGAGCGGCUUUGUCCGGCCCGACCCCGUGGUGGUGGCCUCGCCCCUUUCCUCCUUCUUCAGCUCCAGACCUGGAGAAAGGUCAAUCAUUCCCGAAACGCAGGUUCUUCAUGAGCAGAUAGAGAUCCCAGGCACCAGUCUGAAGCUGUGUCACCUAAGCUCGCGGACGCCAGGCUACCGCUCUCUGCUGAAGAUCACCAUGACCCAGGCCGUGGUUCCUCUCAGCCUGGUCAAGGUGCACCUGAUGGUGGCUGUGGAGGGGCAUCUUUUCCAAAAAUGGUUCCAUUCCUCGCCAAACCUGGCCUACACCUUCAUCUGGGACAAAACGGAUGCGUAUGGCCAGCGCGUCUACGGGCUCUCAGAGGCUGUGGUGUCUGUUGGUUAUGAGUAUGAGUCUUGUCCCAGUUUGAUUCUAUGGGAGAAGAGAACCGCAGUCUUGCAGGGUUACGAGCUGGAUCCCUCUAACCUCGGAGGCUGGUCACUGGAUAAGCACCAUAUCCUAAACCUGCGCAGCGGCAUCCUCCACAAGGGCAACGGAGAGAACGUCUUCGUGUCCCAGCAGCCGCCCGUCAUCACGAGCAUCAUGGGAAACGGGCGUCGCCGCAGCAUCUCGUGCCCCAGCUGUAACGGCCUGGCGGACGGGAACAAGCUCCUGGCGCCGGUGGCGUUGGCGGCGGGCGUCGACGGAAGCCUUUACGUGGGCGACCUGAACUUCGUGAGAAGAGUUUACCCCUCACUCAACACCACACGCAUCCUGGAGCUCAGAAACAAAGACUUUCGACACAGCAACAACCCAACGCAUAAGUAUUUUCUGGCCGUGGACCCGGUGUCUGGUGCUUUGUACAUCUCCGACACCAACUCCAGACGGAUCUACCGCGUGCGCUCGCUGACAGGCGGAAGGCUAUUGGCUGAUAACGCCGAGGUGGUGGCAGGGACAGGGGAGCAGUGCCUGCCCUUCGACGAGCGCUGCGGAGACGGCGGGAAAGCCGUGGAGGCCACCCUCAUGAGCCCCAAAGGUAUUGCGGUGGAUAAGAAUGGGCUGAUGUAUUUUGUGGACGCGACCAUGAUCCGGAAGGUGGACCAGAACGGAAUCAUCUCCACACUGCUGGGAGCGAACGACCUCACGGCUAUACGACCCCUCAGCUGCGACACGAGCAUGGACGUCAGCCAGGUGCGUCUUGAGUGGCCCACAGACCUGGCCGUGAACCCAAUGGAUAAUUCUCUGUACGUGCUGGAGAACAAUGUCAUCCUACGCAUCACAGAGAACCACCAGGUCAGCAUCAUCGCCGGUCGUCCCAUGCACUGCCAGGUGCCUGGCAUCGAUUACUCCCUCAGCAAACUGGCCAUCCACUCAGCCCUGGAGAGCGCCACGGCUAUCGCCAUCUCACACACCGGCGUGCUCUACAUCGCCGAGACCGACGAGAAGAAGAUUAACCGCGUACGGCAGGUCAGCACCAACGGAGAGAUCUCGCUGCUGGCGGGCGCCGCCUCGGAAUGCGACUGCAAGAACGACGUGAACUGCAACUGUUUCGCCGGAGACGAGGGUUACGCCACCGACGCCAGCCUCAACUCGCCCACGUCUCUGGCCGUCUCGCCCGACGGCACCCUCUUCGUCGCCGACCUCAACAACAUCCGCAUCCGGGCCGUCCGCAGCAACCGUCCGGGGCCCUCGGCAAUGGGCCACUACGAGAUCGCCUCCCCCCAAGAGCAGGAGUUGUACGUAUUCAGUGAGGAAGGGUUACACCUGCAGACAAUAAGCCUUGUUACUGGUCUGCCCCUCUACAAUUUCAGCUAUGGCCCAGAUGGCCAGCUGGCCACCGUGGUAGACAACUGCAACAACACUCUUAAGGUGCGGAGGGAUGGGACUGGCCAGGGGGGCGCGGGGCUGCUAAGGCUGGUCUUGCUCCCGGAGAAUCAGGUGGUUACCCUGGGGCUGAACCCUACCGGCAGCCUUCGCUCCGUCUCUGCCCUCAACCAGGAGAUAGUGCUUCUGGGAUACACAGGAAACACAGGCCUGCUGGCCUUCAAGGCAGACGAAACAGGCUGGACCACGUUCUAUGAGUACGACAGCGAAGGCCGACUCACAAACGUGACCUACCCGACGGGAAUGGUGACCAGCCUCCACCGCGAGAUCGAACGCUCCAUCAAUAUUGACAUUGAGAGCUCCAACCGAGACGAUGACGUCACCGUCAUCACAAACCUGUCGUCUGUGGAGGCCUCCUACACCGUCGUGCAAGACCAAGUGCGGAACAGCUAUCAGCUUUGUAACAAUGGCACAUUGCGAGUGAUGUAUGCGAACGGAAUGGGCAUCAGCUACCACACUGAGCCUCACAUCCUUGCUGGAUCAGUGAGCCCUACAAUUGGUCGACGGAACAUCACCCUCCCCACAGACAAUGGACUCAACUCCAUAGAGUGGCGUCUGCGAAAAGAGCUUACGAAGGGAAAGAUCACUGUGUUUGGCAGAAAACUCCGGGCGCACGGACGGAACCUUCUAUCCAUCGAUUUCGACAGGAACACAAGGACGGAGAAGAUCUAUGACGACCACAGGAAGUUUACCCUGCGGAUCACGUACGACGCCCAGGGCCGGCCGGCGAUCUGGCAGCCCAGCAGCAGCCUGGCGGUGGUGAAUGUGUCUUAUUCCACCACGGGACAACUGGUCGGUCUGCACCGCGGCAGUAUGAGUGAGAGGACCGAAUUUGACCCUCUCGGUCGUAUCCUCUCCCGUUCCUUUGUUGACGGGAAGGUCUGGAGCUAUAGCUACUUAGACAAGUCUAUGGUACUGCUCCUGCAGAGUCAGCGACAGUACAUCUUUGAGUUCGAUGCGUCUGGUCGCAUCACUGCCGUCACCAUGCCCAGCGUGGCUCGUCACACCAUGUUUACUCACGUUUCCAUUGGCUACAUUCGCAACACCUACAACCCCCCCGAAAGCAAUGCCUCCAUCAUCUACGACUUCAGCGAGGAUGGUCGUCCGCAGGCCACCUACUUCCUGGGCACGGGCCGGCGGGUACUCUACAAGUACGGCAAACUGGCCAAGCUGUCCGAGGUGCUGUAUGACAGCACGGCCGUCACUUUCGGCUACGACGAGACGGCCGGAGUGCUUAAGAUGGUCAACCUACAGAGUGGAGGUUUCUCCUGCACUAUCCGAUACCGAAAGAUGGGCCCGCUGAUUGACAAGCAGAUCUAUCGCUUCUCCGAAGAGGGCAUGGUCAAUGCCCGCUUUGACUACACCUACCACGACAACAGCUUCCGUCUCGCCAGCAUGAAGCCUGUGAUCAGUGAGACACCGCUACCCGUGGACCUGUACCGCUACGACGAGAUCUCUGGCAAAAUAGAACACUUUGGCAAGUUUGGCGUCAUCUAUUACGACAUCAACCAGAUCAUCACCACGGCCGUGAUGACACUAAGUAAACACUUUGACGCUCACGGCCGUAUCAAGGAGGUCCAGUACGAGAUUUUCCGAUCCCUCAUGUACUGGAUGACGGUUCAAUAUGACAAUAUGGGUCGUGUAAUCAAAAGGGAGCUUAAGAUCGGCCCAUACGCUAACACCACGCAGUACCGCUAUGAGUACGAUGGUGAUGGACAGCUCAGUGGUGUUAAGGUCAAUGAUUGGUCCACUUGGCGUUACAGUUAUGACCUGAACGGAAACCUGCACCUGCUGAACCCUGGCAACAGUGCCCGUCUGAUGCCGCUCCGCUACGACCUGCGAGAUCGCAUCACUCGCCUGGGUGAUGUGCAGUAUCGCCUGGACGAAGAUGGCUACCUCAGCCAGCGUGGCUCCGACAUCUUCGACUACAACUCUAAGGGACAGCUGGUGCGUGCUUAUAGCCGCGUAGCUGGAGGAUGGAGCGUUCAGUACAGGUACGAUGGACUCGGCCGAAGAGUCUCGACCAAAAACAGCCUUGGUCAGCAUCUCCAGUUCUUCUAUGCAGACCUGAACAACCCCACAAGAGUCACGCACAUCUUCAAUCACUCCAGCUCCGACAUCACAUCGCUUUACUAUGACCUGCAGGGUCACCUCUUCGCCAUGGAAGUGAGCAGCGGAGAAGAGUACUACAUCGCCUCAGAUAACACGGGAACGCCGCUUGCUGUCUUCAGCAGCAACGGGCAGAUGAUCAAACAGGUCCAGUACACGGCCUACGGUGAGGUGUAUCAUGACUCCAAUCCUGAGUUUCAGCUGGUCAUUGGUUUCCAUGGAGGCCUCUAUGACUCCCUGACAAAGUUGGUGCACUUCACGCAGAGAGACUAUGACGUCUUAGCCGCUCGAUGGACCUCGCCUGACUACACCCUCUGGCAGAAGAUUAGCAAGGACUUGGCACCAUUCAAUCUCUACAUGUUUAAGAACAACAACCCCCUCAGUGACAUGUUGGACGUCAAGAACUACGUCACUGAUGUGAAGAGCUGGCUGGUGAUGUUUGGCUUUCAGCUCAGUAACAUCAUCCCAGGAUUCCCCAAACACACAAUUUACUUUGUGGAUCCUCCCUAUGAAUUACUGGCAAGCCAGGAGUGUGAAAAUGGGCAGCUGAUAACUGGUGUUCAGCAGGCUGCAGAGAGGCAUAACCAGGCCUUCAUGGCUUUAGAAGGAAGGCUGCUUGAUAAGGAGCGUCGAAACAAACGAGAUAAACCGGGACAUUGGUUCGGCACCAGUGCUCCCAUUAUUGGACGUGGGGUGAUGCUGGCAGUGAAGGAGGGCCGUGUGGUUACUGGGGUCUCUAGCAUGGCCAGUGAUGACAGUCGGAAGGUAGCCCUGGUUCUUAAUAAUGCCAUUUAUCUGGAAGGCACACAUUACACCCAGGAAGGCCGUGACUGCCACUUCUUUGUCAAGAUUGGUUCGCCUGACAGUGACCUCUUGGCGCUGGGUCUCACCAACGGGCGCAAGGCGCUGGAGACUGGCAUCAAUGUGACGGUGAGCGGACGCUCGCGACGUGGGGUCACCGUGGAAUUCCGGGUGCCUUCGCUGUCCCUCAGCGUGCGCUACGGGUUAGCGUCGGACGUUUUAGACGAGGAGCGCGCCCGCCUGCUGGAGCUGGCACGGCAACGGGCGUUGUCAGGCGCCUGGGCACGGGAGCAGCAGCGAGCGCGGGACGGCAAGGAGGGCAGUCGUUUGUGGACCGAGGGCGAGAGGCAGCAGCUCCUCUCCGCAGGGAAAGUGCAGGGUUACGACGGGUACUACAUUCUACCUGUAGAGCAGUACCCCGAACUGGCCGACAGCAGUACCAACAUCCAAUUUCUACGACAGAAUGAGAUGGGGAAGAGGUAA